CAAUCGAAAUACUAAAUGAUUUUACAGACGGAUACAAUAUAGAAGCAGACAAGAAAGCAAAAGGAUAAAGGUAGAGGGAGAACUAUUCGUCGAAAGGACAAAGUAACCAAAAAUUCGAACAAAACAAGUUACGGAAAUAUACAACAACGGAAGCGAAUCAAACAAGUAAAACAAAGUGGAGAAGAGCAAAAAGAAAAAAAGGAAAAAAGCAACAGAAGGAAAAAGCAACAGAACGAGGAGCACAACGAGGACAAUACAAAACAAAAAAUAAAACGCCAGAUUUUCUGUUUGUUUUUUUGUUUCGUUGUCGUUGUUGUUGUUUUGUGGGACACUUCAAAUAGUCAGUCAAGGUCAACGACCGCCUGCCGGGUGUUAAUAAUGCCAAUGUCGAUAGCAAGAACACCUUGCUGAAGACCGAGACCGAGAGAGACCAUCACCGGGCCAGCUUUAGCUAACAUCACACUCAGCUUUCAAUUCCAACUUUAAUUCCAAAGCCGAUUUUCCCUUGGAGAGCAUUUUUGGUUUUGCUUUGUUUAGUUUUAUUUAUUUUUUGUUUUGUUUUUUGGUUGGAUUGCUGCUGUUGUUGUUGUCUCUGAUAAAUGGCAACCACAGCCAAGAAAUUUACGGCAAGGCCAACAAAGUAAAAAUUUGCCUCAAGGCAAAAAGAGAGAUAAGAAAAGAGUCGACCCUAAUAGAAAGGAACAAUUGCUGAGGCACUUAUUGAUUUCGCCCAGUCAUUACAAUAUCUAUUGCUCUCUCUCUCUAUCUCUCUCUCUCCCACGUAUUUUCACACACUCUGUCGCUCUCUCUCACUCUGUCUCCCUGUGUGGUGUGUGUGUGUGUGUGUCUGCCGAUAUCAAUCAAUUGAAUUCCGCAUCAAGAGCAUAUCCAUUGUCAAAGACAUAGAUUGGAUAGUUGAUCAUCAAAACGAAAAAUACAAAAGGAGUAACUACAAAAAUCUUCGAUAGUCAUCAUAAUGAGUCUUCCUCAGACAUAUCGUCGUCGUCGUCGUUGUUGUUGUUGUCGUCCUAGCACAUCGUCAUCGCUGUCAAUAGCCGCCGUCACGUGGCUGACUUAUGGACUGGGAAUUCUAAUUAUGCUGCCAGCUACAUUGGCUGGACCACAUGAGAAGCGUUUGCUGCACGCCCUGCUCGAUAACUACAAUAGCUUGGAACGGCCCGUGGUUAACGAAUCCGAUCCAUUGCAAUUAAGUUUUGGUCUAACACUCAUGCAAAUCAUUGAUGUGGAUGAGAAAAACCAAUUGCUUAUCACAAAUAUAUGGCUUAAGCUGGAAUGGAACGAUAUGAAUCUGCGCUGGAAUUCAAGUGAAUUUGGUGGGGUACGAGAUUUACGUAUACCGCCGCAUCGCUUAUGGAAACCGGAUGUCCUCAUGUAUAACAGUGCGGAUGAGGGUUUCGAUGGCACAUACGCCACCAAUGUUGUGGUCCGGAAUAAUGGAAGUUGCCUCUACGUGCCGCCAGGCAUUUUCAAAUCUACAUGCAAAAUCGAUAUUACAUGGUUCCCGUUCGAUGAUCAGCGAUGCGAAAUGAAAUUUGGCUCCUGGACCUACGAUGGAUUUCAGUUGGAUUUGCAAUUGCAGGAUGAAGCUGGCGGCGAUAUAUCCAGUUUUAUAACAAACGGUGAAUGGGAUCUGUUAGGUGUGCCCGGUAAACGAAAUGAAAUCUACUAUAAUUGCUGCCCAGAACCUUAUAUUGACAUAACAUUCGCCAUUUUGAUACGACGCAAGACUUUAUACUAUUUUUUCAAUUUGAUUGUGCCAUGCGUAUUGAUCGCAUCGAUGGCAUUGCUAGGUUUUACACUGCCACCAGAUUCUGGUGAGAAGCUCUCGCUUGGAGUUACUAUUUUAUUAUCGCUCACUGUCUUCCUUAAUAUGGUGGCCGAAACAAUGCCAGCAACAUCCGAUGCUGUGCCGCUGCUUGGAACUUAUUUCAAUUGCAUUAUGUUUAUGGUGGCCUCAUCAGUUGUGUCAACCAUACUUAUCCUCAAUUAUCAUCAUAGAAAUCCAGAUACGCAUGAAAUGAGUGAAUGGAUAAGAGUAAUAUUCCUUUAUUGGUUACCUUGCAUAUUGCGCAUGCAAAGACCCGGACAGGUUGGCUACGAGUGCCCGCCGCCGCCCUCCUCGUCGUCGGGUUCGUCAUCCACUGCUGGCGAUAAAAAGCAACAACACAUCCAAAAUGUUGAGCUCAAGGAAAGAUCAUCGAAAUCUCUGCUGGCAAAUGUCCUUGAUAUAGACGAUGAUUUUCGUUGCAAUCAUCGAUGUGCCAGUGCCACAUUACCCCAUCAGCCCACAUACUACAGGACAAUGUACAGGCAAGGCGACGACGGUAGUGUGGGCCCUGUGGGCGGACCAGUUGGACCAGUGGCCGCUGUGGCCGAGGCUCGGAUGCAUGAGGCCAUUUCGCAUACUUGUCUAAGCUCAUCGGCGGAAUAUGAAUUGGCGUUAAUACUGAAAGAGUUACGCUGGAUAACCGAUCAGCUAAAAAAAGAGGAUGAGACAGGCGACAUAACACGAGACUGGAAAUUUGCAGCCAUGGUCGUUGAUCGUUUGUGCCUUAUUAUUUUCACGCUAUUCACGAUUAUAGCCACACUGGCGGUAUUAUUCUCGGCGCCACAUUUUAUUUUCCCAUAAAUGCAAAUUGACAGGGCGCAGUUAAGCAUGAAGAAUAAUAUUAAUAAUGAUGUUCAUGAUAAUGAUGAUGAUGAUGAUGGAAAGGAAACAGGAAAACGGGAAAAGUAUGCAGAAAAUCCUUCCUCGGCAAUUGCACAAUAAGUCAAACAGAAAUAAUUGUUUUUACUUUUCAAAAAUCGUACGAGGAACCGAAGAUGGAAGAAAGUUGGACAAGAAAUAAAAGAAAAAAAAACUACAAACUGCAAAAAAAAAAAAAAAAACCAAAUACCAAGCAAAUAGCCAAAAUGCUUUUCAACUAUUCAGUUUAUUCUUUUUUUCUGUCUCACUCUCUAUCUCUCUCUCUCUCUCUCUUUCUUUCUCACUCAUUCUAUCGGUCAGUCUUUCUAUUUUCUUUCUUGCUA